CCCAAUAGCCAGAAGCCUGAAAUGGAAAUAGAAAUAGAAAUCAACGGACGAGCCAGUGAGGCAGUACGCUUGUCGACGACUAUCCACUCCACAGUCAUUCUCCCGGAACCCAGCUGUACUAACUGACGAAAACUGUCUUUUGUGCCCGCUUGCGGUUGCCGUGGACUCACACGACUGCUUCUUUCUGAACCUUUGAACUCUGUUUCUUGAACAUCUCCAUACGCUCUUCGCAUUUCGAUUUCCUCUCUUUGGCAAUCUCAUUCUUAUACUAAUGGACUUCAAAACCCUAGCUCUCCCUUACCACCUUCCGCCUACACGAAUCUCUCAUGACAGACAACGAUUAUUCUCAUCUCCUUCAUCAUUCGUCAAUCAGUCUGCUUCUUCUCUUGCUCCUUCCAUUGUCAACGUUUGCUUGAGACCGAGUCUUCGCCGCCACCACUGCUGCCGCUUCAGGACCGCAUGCAUUCGCCCUCCGGAUCAAGUUGUGGGGAAGAAGUCUAAUUGCGCGAGUGGCAAUGACGGAGUUAUUGUUUCGGAUGCUUCUGUUCCACAGGAAACCAUGGAAGAUGAUCAAUCCGUAACGGCAGGGGAUUUUGCUGCAGAGAAGAGCAUUUGGACACAGAUGAAGGAGAUAGUCUUGUUUGCAGGUCCUGCAACAGGGCUUUGGAUAUGCGGGCCGCUGAUGAGUCUCAUUGAUACUGCAGUUAUCGGCCAAGGUAGCUCUGUGGAGCUUGCUGCCUUAGGACCAGGCACUGUGGUUUGUGAUUAUCUGAGUUACGCAUUCAUGUUCCUCUCCAUAGCUACUUCUAAUAUGGUCGCCACUUCCCUUGCUAAAGCGGAAAAAAAUGAAGUACAACAUCAAAUAUCCAUCUUGCUUUUUGUUGGUUUAGCUUGUGGUGUGGGAAUGCUUUUCUUCACAAAAUUUCUAGGCACAAGGAUACUAACUUCUUUCACUGGGCCGCAGAAUUUGCAUUUGGUACCUGCUGCAAACACAUAUGUUCAGAUUCGAGGCUUAGCCUGGCCAGCACUUCUUGUUGGAUGGGUUGCUCAAAGUGCCAGUCUAGGAAUGAAAGAUUCUUGGGGACCUUUAAAGGCUUUGGCAGUUGCUAGUGCUGUAAAUGGCAUUGGUGAUAUUGUCUUAUGCUCUUUCUUGGGAUAUGGUAUUGCUGGUGCAGCUUGGGCUACAAUGGUUUCACAGGUCAUUGCGGGUUUUAUGAUGAUUGAAGCUCUGAACCAGAAAGGCUUUAAUGCUUUCUCCUUAUCUAUCCCAUCACUUAAGGAACUAGUGCAAAUACUGGAGCUUGCCGCCCCAGUGUUCAUAACAAUGAUAUCAAAGGUGGCCUUUUAUUCUCUUCUGACAUAUUUUGCUACUUCUAUGGGCACGAUCACUAUUGCAGCCCAUCAGGUUAUGAUUCAGGUUCUCUGCACGUGUACUGUAUGGGGGGAGCCUCUUUCUCAAACUGCGCAGGCAUUUAUGCCAGAGUUGAUGUAUGGAGUUAAUCGAAGUUUAAAAAAGGCAAGGAUGCUACUGAAGUCACUUGUGAUCAUUGGAGCCUUUACUGGAUUUAUGUUAGGAACUGUUGGGACAUCUAUCCCUUGGUUGUUCCCUUACAUUUUCACAACUGAUCAUGCAGUCGUUGGGGAGAUGCACAAAGUGUUGCUUCCAUACUUCAUUGCAUUAAUGGUGACACCAGCUACGCAUAGCCUUGAAGGGACAUUGUUGGCUGGCAGAGAUCUUAGGUUUCUAAGUUUAUCAAUGAGUGGGUGUUUUUCUUUGGGUGGCCUUCUGUUACUGAUUGUGAGCAGUAGAGGGUGUGGUCUGCCAGGCUGCUGGUGGGGACUCGCAGCAUUUCAAUGGACUCGAUUUUCCCUGGCUCUGCGACGACUGACUUCACCCCAUGGCAUGUUAUACUCGGAAGAAUUCAACCAACAUAAACUGCAAAUGGUGAAAGCUGCAUAGGGAUCCAUCUGAAGAUUGAUAAUUCCAAUCCCUUUUUCAAUUAUAAGUACUGGUGGUGGUGGGAGGGACAUCCUUGCUUUUGGACUUAGGGUUGGACAUAACUGGAGAGUACAGCAAGCCAUUGUUCAAGCUGCAAAAAGGUCAGUGAUGGUCAUUAAUAUUGGAAUUGUUAUUCUUGGAAGCCUCGAGUGGCUUGUGGCACAAGUGUAUAAAUUGUGUUAUGCUCACUGAUAUAAGAAAUAUUUGUUCCAUUGUUUAUUGUUUACUGCACAUCAAUGUAAUUACAAGAAAAUUCUUUGUUACUUUUGUCAAAUAAGAAAAAUGACAUUUCUGAGGCA